AUGGAUGAUUCAGAAUUAAAUGCAAUUAGACAAGCGAGAUUAGCAGAAUUACAAAACAAUGCAUCAGGAGGAAAUUCAAAUCCCAAUCAAUCAGGAUCAACACUACAACAACAACAAGCAUCAGCCGCAAAUGAUAUGACACAAACAAUACUAAGUAGAGUUCUAGAAACUGGAGCAAGAGAAAGAUUAAGUCGAGUUAGAAUUGUAAGACCUGAUAGAGCUCAAGCUGUUGAAUCAUAUAUCUUAAAACUAUAUUCAAUGGGUCAAAUCAAUCAAAAAUUGAAUGAAAAAGAUAUUGUUGAAAUAUUAGAUGGUAUAAGUAGAGAUAGUCAACAAAAACAAACUUCAAAAAUAGUUUAUGACAGGAAAGAAACUGUUGACGACGAUGAUGAUGAUGAUUUCUUUGAUUAG